AACUGUGGAAGCAAAGUAUUAACUCAAGGUCUUUUAACUCAUUGUGCCUUAGAGGUGUACCAAUUUGUUAUUUGUAAGCCGCAUACUACUAAUGUGAUACUGUAAUUUACUUGUUAUACCUGUAUAGAAGCUUAUUUAUUUGUUUCUAGUGUUCAAAACACUAGAAAAAAAAUAUUUUUAUACGUCCAUCAUUUGAAAAGUCAAAGGUGGAAAGUAUCGAAGUGAUCAGCUGUUUUCGCAAGGAGUGUCGGGUAUAAUUCCUGCUUUAAUAACCUUUUACUUCCUUCAAACUGGCUCAUUUCGCUAAGUACUGCAGGAGACUUUCCUGCAGGGUUCACUGGAAACCGGGUGGCUUAAUAGUUAUGGGAGGAAACAAUCAAGGCAUGAAGUUGAACGGCUGCGAAAAUUGUUCAGGUGAAACUACCCAGAAGAGAGGUAUCUCCUACCUGAAAGAUGCCAGAAGUUACAAGGGAUUGGCAUUCUCUCGACAAGAAAGGGAACAUCUGGGCUUUCGUGGUCUAUUACCGGCAGCAGUACGUAAGAUGCAAGAUCAAGUACAGAUAGUGCUGAAGAAUUUGGAUAUAUACAGCGAUGAUUUCAGUCGUUACAUAUAUUUACGUGAUUUGCAGGAUAACAAUGAACAAUUAUUUUAUCGAGUCAUGGCUGAACACACCGACAGACUAAUGCCAAUAGUAUACACUCCAAUUGUGGGAACAGCUUGCCAGAAUUACCACAUAAUAUUUCGUCGUCCAAGAGGUCUUUUCAUUAAUAUUGAAGACUCUGGCCACAUUGAAGAGAUACUGGACAAUUGGCCAGCAAAUAAUGUGAAAGCUAUUGUAGUUACUGAUGGAGAGCGAAUAUUGGGACUCGGAGAUCUUGGAGCAAACGGAAUGGGGAUACCAGUCGGUAAACUGUCUCUGUACACGGCACUUUCGGGCUUACCUCCUUAUCUUACUCUCCCAGUCACUUUAGACGUUGGAACAAAUAAUGAGAAAUUGUUGAAUGAUCCCUUCUAUAUUGGUCUCAGACAAAAGAGAGUUAGAGGUGAAAAAUAUGAUAAUUUUGUAGAGGAAUUUAUGCAAGCUGUGAAGAAACAAUACGGACAAUUUUGUCUUAUCCAAUUUGAAGACUUUGCCAACAGUAAUGCCUUUCGUUUCUUGAAGAAAUACAGAGAUAAUUACUGCACUUUUAAUGAUGAUAUUCAGGGAACAGCAUCGGUUGCUGUUGCCGGCUUAUUUGCAAGUAUGAAAAUCACAGGAAAGAAAUUGGUAGAAAAUACAUUCCUCUUUGUAGGUGCAGGUGAGGCUAAUUUGGGCACUGCCGACUUGCUUGUGAUGGCUAUGGAGAAAGAAGGAGUUUCUACUAAGGAUGCCGCUGACAGAGUUUGGAUGACCGAUUCUAAAGGUCUUCUUGUAAAGGACAGGCCUUCAGGUGGUAUCGAUGCCCAUAAAGGAAAGUAUGCAAAAGAUUAUAAACCCAUGACUGAUUUGGAGGAGAUGGUGAAAACUAUAAAACCAACUGCUUUGCUAGGUGCUUCUGCUCAGACUGGACUAUUCACAAAAAAUGUAUUGCAAGGAAUGCUAGAUAACUGUGAUCGGCCAAUUAUUUUUGCUCUAAGUAAUCCUACAGACAAAGCAGAAUGUACAGCUGAAGAAGCCUACACUUAUACUGAUGGAAAAUGUAUAUUUGCUAGUGGAAGUCCAUUUGAUCCAGUUACUUACAAGGGUAAAACAUUCUGUCCGGGGCAAGGCAACAAUGCAUACAUAUUUCCAGCCGUAGGAUUAGCCGUUACAUCCGUUAACGUACCCCACAUUUCCAAUGAAGUCUUUUUAGUAGCGGCUCAAGCUCUUGCCGAUCUAGUAACAGAAGAACAGAUGAACGAAGGAAGAGUUUAUCCUCCGCAAUCUCUACUCAGAGAAGUAUCUGAUAAUAUUGCUGCAAAGCUGAUAGAUUACUUUUACAGACAACGCGUUGCCACCCUCCUUCCAGAACCCACAGACAAACUUGCUUUUCUGAAGACCGUACAAUAUGAUUAUAAUUAUAGAGAGAAACCAACAGAAUAUUAAUGACUAAAUGGAAACAUCAGAUUUAAACUUUGUAAAAUUAUGGAUUUCUGUAACAGUCUUUACUGAAAAAUCAACAGUUUCAUUAAAGAAUGCUACAGAAAUCUAUAAAUGGUAUUUACAAAUGUUUAUCAAAAUCAAAAAGUUAACUGUUUAAUUCACAUUUCAUAGUAUUUCUGCGCAUUUUGUCAAAAUUAAAUUAAUAGAAAUCUGUUUAUUAAUAAAGUAGACAUUCUAUAUUUUUAUUCCACACAUUUUAAAUGUUUGUUGUUUAUAGUAUUAUUUGUUUUUUAUGUAAUGUUUAAAGUGUUUCUGUUAAGUAUUGUAAAAUAUGUAAUCAUGACAAUACAAGGGAUAAUCAAACAUUUUUCCUAUUUUGAAAAGUUGAAAAUUGAAGAUAUAUUUUUAAAAAUGCUGUUAAUCAUUUUCUAUGAGGAGGUUGAAAUGCUAGGAGGAGGUUGAUUUAAUUUGACAACUGAAAAAUUCUGUCCAAAGUAUUCAAUUAUUUGUAACCUAAAACACAAUAAUAACACACUUUUUUUUUCAAAGUUAGAAAUAAUCAUUUAAAUUGUAUUAAAGUUAAUUUGUUUAAUUGUAAUUAAGAGCAGAGAUUAAAGAUUUUUCUUACUACAUAUAAUUUAAACUAUUUUCUUGGAGUAAGAACUUCUUAGAAUACUCUAGAUUCGGCUGUACGCCCAUCAUCAGGAGUCAACAACAGAAUGUCUCUCUUGUUGACUCCUGAUGACGGACUGUCAUCUGAAAGCACUAGUUCUCUAAGAAGUUUUUGCUCUGAGAAAAGAAUUUUAAAUUCUACUUAUGUUUCAGGAGCUUCCUUAAUAAUUAUGUCGCUACAUUCUAAUACAGAAUAAAGCAUUCUUCGUCACUAAUUUAACAAAAUACUAAACUUUUUUGAUAAUCCCUUAUAUGUAAAUCAAAAUAUGUUGUUGACAUUUUGCCUUAAAAUAUGGAUAUAUAUAUGCUUUAUGGCAUAUGUGAUACAGUUUCGAUUGGAAGAAAAAUAAUUUGAACAACAGAUUAUAAAGAUAUAUAUAUAAAAUUUAAAAAUUUGGAUAU